AUGUGUCUGGUAUUUAUUCUAUUGCUUUACGUCUUCUUAGCCACAUUUUGUCAGCUGACAUUUAUAUCAUACUCUUUUCUUGUUGAUUCUCUAUCAAUCUCCGUUGCUAUUGGCGAUUGUAAUCGUAGUGAUAAAUUAGAUUGUAUCGUCGCGAACUCCGGUAGUAAUACCGUGAUUGUUCUAUUUGGAAGCAUGAACGACAUAUCUGGACGAAUAGACUUUCCAGCAGGUGUAAAUCCACAAGCAGUUGCUGUUACUGAUUUUAACCAUGAUGAUAAUCUGGAUAUUGUCGUGACAAAUUCUGGUGACAAUACUGUGACUGUAAUACUGGGGAAUGAUAUAAACGACACUAUUGGAGAGGCAAGCUUUCCAGUUGGUACAACUCCACGAUCAGUUGCUAUCAGUGAUUUUAACAUUGAUGGUAAGCCAGAUAUUGUUGUCACAAACUUUGAUGAUAAUACUGUGACUAUACUACUUGGAAAUAGUGUAAAUGAUACUAUUGAACAAAAAAGCUUUUCAACAGACAGAAAUCCACAAUCAGUUGUUUGUCAGCGAUUUCAAUCUUGA